GGGCGUCGCUUGGGGGAUGAGGGCGUGACACUACGGGCUCCCUGCCGCUUCCUGCUCCUCUCUGUGUUUGUGAGAAACUCAUCAGCGAGGAACGAGGGGGAAUUAACACUGGCGCCUUGUUAGCCGCUAGCUUAGCCUGCUGAGACAGGGGUGUGAGAAGUUAAACCCCGGAUCUAGGAGAUAAGGAUUAGCUGAGCCCAACAACAGAAGGGAAGCCGGAGCUCUGCGCCAGAUUACAGUGGAGAGUGCCAGCCAGCAGCAGGGUGGUGCCACUUUGCAGCCCUCAUUGAUGGGCUUCAGGCUACAAAUGGCAUGCAGGCCCACUUGUAUUUAGUGGUAUACCUUGUGUCUGCCAGUAUAAUUUUAUUGUAUUUAUUUAUUUUUAUUUAACCUUUAUUUAACCAGGUAAACCAGUUGAGAGCAAGUUCUCAUUUACAACUGUGACCUGGCCAAGAUAAAGCAAAGCAGUGCGAUAAAAACAACAACACAGAGUUACAUAUGGGGUAAACAAAACAUAAAGUCAAAAAUACAACAGAAAAUAUAUAUACAGUGUGUGCAAAUGUAGCAAGUUAUGGAGGUAAGGCAAUAAAUAGGCCAUAGUGCAAAAUAAUUACAAUGUAGUAUUAACACUGGAAUGAUAGAUGUGAUGUUGUUCAAAUAGAGAUACAGGGGUGCAAAUUUGCAAAAUAAAUAACAAUAUGGGGAUGAGGUAGUUGGGUGGGCUAAUUUCAGAUGGGCUGUGUACAGGUGCAGUGAUCGGUAAGGUGCUCUGACAACUGAUGCUUAAAGUUAGUGAGGGAGAUAAGUCUCCAGCUUCAGAGAUUUGUGCAGUUCGUUCCAGUCAUUGGCAGCAGAGAACUGGAAGGAAUGGCGGCCAAAGGAGGUGUUGGCUUUGGCGAUGACCAGUGAGAUAUACCUGCUGGAGCGCAUACUACGGGUGGGUGUUGCUAUGGUGACCAAUGAGCUAAGAUAAGGCGGGGAUUUGCCUAGCAGGGAUUUAUAGAUGACCUGGAGCCAGUGGGUUUGGCGAUGAAUAUGUAGUGAGGACCAGCCAACAAGAGCGUACAGGUCACAGUGGUGGGUAGUAUAUGGGGCUUUGGUGACAAAACGGAUGGCACUGUGAUAGACUACAUCCAAUUUGCUGAGUAGAGUGUUGGAGGCUAUUUUGUAAAUGACAUCGCCGAAGUCAAGGAUCGGUAGGAUAGUCAGUUUAACGAGGGCAUGUUUGGCAGCAUGAGUGAAGGAGGCUUUGUUGCGAAAUAGGAAGCCGAUUCUAGAUUUAACUUUGGAUUGGAGAUGCUUAAUGUGAGUCUGGAAGGAUAGUUUACAGUCUAACCAGACACCUAGGUAUUUGUAGUUGUCCACAUACUCUAGGUCAGACCCGCCGAGAGUAGUGAUUCUAGUCGGGUGGGCGGGUGCCAGCAGCAUUCGAUUGAAGAGCAUGCAUUUAGUUUUACUAGUGUUUAAGAGCAGUUGGAGGCUAUGGAAGGAGUGUUGUAUGGCAUUGAAGCUCGUUUGGAGGUUUGUUAACACAGUGUCCAAUGAAGGGCCAGUUAUAUACAAAAGGGUGUCGUCUGCGUAGAGGUGGAUCUGAGAGUCACCAGCAGCAAGAGCGACAUCAUUGAUAUACACAGAGAAAAGAGUCGAGUCCAGACAACAGUCCCUCCGAUUUGACACAUUGAACUAUAUCUGAGAAGUAGUUGGUGAACCAGGCGAGGCAGUCAUUUGAGAAACCAAGGCUAUUUAGUCUGCCAAUAAGAAUGCGGUGUUUGACAGAGUCGAAAGCCUUGGCCAGGUCGAUGAAGACUGCUGCACAGUACUGUCUAUUAUCGAUUGCGGUUAUAAUAUCGUUUAGGACCUUGAGCGUGGCUGAGGUGCACCCAUGACCAGCUCGGAAACCGGAUUGCAUAGCGGAGAAGGUACGGUGGGAUUCAAAAUGGUCGGUGACCUGUUUGUUAACUUGGCUUUCAAAAACUUUCGAAAGGCAGGGCAGGAUAGAUAUAGGUCUGUAACAGUUUGGAUCUAGAGUGUCACCCCCUUUGAAGAGGGGGAUGACCGCGGCAGCUUUCCAAUCUCUGGGGAUCUCAAACGUUACAAAAGAGAGGUUGAACAGGCUAGUAAUAGGGGUUGCGAAAAUUUCGGCUGCUAAUUUUAGAAAGAAAGGGUCCAGAUUGUCUAGCCCAGAUGAUUUGUAGGGGUCCAGAUUUUGCAGCUCUUUCAGAACAUCAGCUGUCUGAAUUUGUGUGAAGGAGAAGCGGGGGGGGGGCAUGGGCAAGUUGCAGCGGAGGGUGCAGAGCUGGUGGCCGGGGUAGUGGUAGCCAGGUUGAAAGUAUGGCCAGCCAUAGCAAAAUGCUUGUUGAAAUUCUCGAUUAUUGUAGAUCUAUCGGUGGUGAUAGUGUUUCCUAGCCUCAGUGCAGUGGGCAGCUGGGAGGAGGUGCUCUUAUUCUCCAUGGACUUUACAGUGUCCCAAAACUUUUUGGAGUUAGUGCUACAGGAUGCAAAUAUCUGUUUGAAAAAGCUAGCCUUUGUUUCCUAACUGCUUGUGUAUAUUGGUUCCUAACUUCCCUGAAAAGUUGCAUAUCUAGGGGGCUAUUCGAUGCUAAUGCAGUAUGUCACAGGAUGUUUUUGUGCUGGUCAAGGGCAGUCAAGUCUGAGGACAACCAGGUGCUAUAUCUGUUCUUAGUUCUGAAUUUUUUGAAUGGGGCAUGCUUAUUUAAAAUUGAGAGGAAAGCACUUUUAAAGAACAACCAGGCAUCCUCUACUGACAGAAUGAGAUCGAUAUCCAUCCAGGAUACCUGGGCCAGGUCAAUUAGGAAGGCCUGCUCGCUAAAGUGUUUUAGGGAGUGUUUGACAGUGAUGAGGGGUGGUCGUUUGACCGUGGACCCGUUACGGACGCAGGCAAUAAGGCAGUGAUCGCUGAGAUCCUGGUUGAAGACAGCGGAGGUGUAUUUAGAGGGUAAAUUAGUCAGGAUGAUAUCUAUGAGUGUGCCUAUGUUUAUGGAUUUAGGGUUGUACCUGGUAGGUUCCUUGAUAAUUUGUGUGAGAUUGAGGGCAUCUAGUUUGGAUUGUAGGAUGGCCGGGGUGUUAAACAUAUCCCAGUUUAGGUCACCAAGCAGUACGAACUCUGAGGAUAGAUGGGGGGCAAUCAAUUCACAUAUUGUGUCCAGGGCACAGCUGGGGUGUCACGCCCUGACUCAGGGGACUCGUAUAUGUUGAGUCAGGGUGUGUAUAUUCUUUGUUAUGUAGUAUUUUCUAUGUGGGAUCUAGUAUGUUUAGUUCUAUGUUGGCCAGUGUGGUUCCCAAUCAGAGGCAGCUGUCGCUCGUUGUGUCUGAUUGGGAACCAUACUUAGGCAGCCUAUAGGCACUAUUGAGUUGCGGGAUUUUGUUCCGUGUAAGGUUUAUUUUGUGUACUACCUUGGACUUCACGUUUCGUUUCGUUUAUUGUUUUGUCGUGGUGUUUAUUCAGUGUAAAUAAACAUGUACGUAUAUCACGCUGCGCCUUGGUCUGUCCCGUCAUUAAACGAACGUGACAUGGGGGCUGAGGGGGGUCUGUAGCAAGCGGCAACAGUGAGAGACUUAUUUCUGGAAUGGUGGAUUUUUAGAAGUAGGAGCUAGCUCAAACUGUUUGGGCACAGACCUGGAUAGUAUGAUAGAGCUCUGCAGGCUAUCUCUACAGUAGAUUGCAACUCCACCCCCUUUGGCAGUUCUAUCUAGACGGAAAAUGUUGUAGUUGGGGAUGGACAUUUCUGAAUUUUUGGUGGCCUUCCUAAACCAGGAUUCAGACACUGCUAGAACAUCAGGGUUGGUGGAGUGUGCUAACGCAGUGAAUAACUCAAACUUAGGAAGGAGGUUUCUGAUGUUAACAUGCAAAAAGCCAAGGCUUUUACGGUUACAGAAGUCAACAAAUGAUAGCGCCUGGGGAGUAGGAGUGAUACUGGGGGCUGCAGGGCCUGGGUUAACCUCUACAUCACCAGAGGAACAGAGAAGGAGUAGAAUAAGGAUACGGCUAAAGGCUUUAAGAACUGUUCUUCUAGUGCGUUGGGUACAGAGAAUAAAAGGUGCAGAUUUACGGCCGUUGUAGAAUAGAUUCAGGGCAUUAUGUCAGACAAGGAUAUGGAAGGAUAUGAGUACAGUGGAGGUAAACCUAAGUGUUGUGUAACAAUGAAAGCGAUAGCAUCACUGGAGGCACCGAUUGAGCCGAUCUCCGCGUGUAUGGGGGGGUGGAACAAAGGAGCUAUUUGAGGCAGUUUGAGAGGGACUUGGGGCUCUACAGUGAAAUUGUAUAAUAAGAACUAACUGGAACAGCAAUAGGCAAGGCAUAUUGACAUGGGAGAGAGGCAUAAAGCAAUCACAGGUGUUAUUCGAGAGAGCUAAGACAACAACUGGUAAUGGCGAUGAAAGUUUGGGCUGAGGCUAAACAGAUAAAACAGGACAGGGUACCAUGUAAAUGAACAGUCCAGCAGGCAUCAGCUGUGCAGCUGAGUGAUCAUAAGGUCCAGUGAACAGCAAUGUGAGUCCGAGAGCAGCUCGAAUUGGUGCAACAGCACAGGCGAUCAGGAAGCACGAUUGUUGAAUUGCGUGUGCUAGCGGGCCGGGGCUAGCAGAUGGAUCUUCGUGGUCGUCGCAACGGGAAGCCUGUUGAAACCACAGACGAUUAUGUCGGCAGACCAGUCGUGAUGGAUCGGCGGGGCUCCGUGUCGACACUAGGAGGUCCCGUCCAGUUGACAGAGAGGUAGAUAGCCAGGAGAUGGGCCUGACUCGAGGCUAGCUCAAGGCUGAUUAGCCAACCACAACAUCCAUUCGGUUGCAGCUAGCUAGUUGCGAUGAUCCGGUGUUAAAGGUCCAGUGAUUCAGUGAUUCCGGCAGAAAAUGAGAUAUGUUCUUGGUCGAUAACGCGCUGUGCAGACUGGCCGAUAAUAGUUCAGGCUAGAGCUGGCUGGUAGGUAGUGCAGGCCACGGACAAUGGUGGAAAAAAAACCUAGCUGGCUACUCCCGUCCGGUAGACAGAGAGGUAGAUAGCCGGGAUAUGGGCCUGGCUCGAGGCUAGCUCAAGGCUAACUGGUGCUUGCUUCGGGGGCAGUGGUGAUUAGCCAACAGCAACAUCCAUUCGGUUGCGGCUAGCUGGUUGCGAUCCGGUGUUAAGGUCCAGUGAUUCAGUUAUUCUGGCAGAAAAUCUGAUGUUCUGGGUGAAAACCGCUAACGGUGGCUAAUAGCAAGUAGCUAGUUAGCUGGCUAGCUAGUUUCAACUGGAGAUUCUAGAUAAAAGGUAAAUAAUAGAAUCCGUUCCACAUUGAGUGAGGCGGGUUGCAGGAAAGGAUGAAAAGUGUGAUAGGGGAAAUAUAUACAACAAAAUACAAAAAAAAAAAAAAAACUGGCUAUUUACACGGACACACAACAGAGUACACGACCGCACUGCUACGCCAUCUUCGAAAGAUCAUGGAGGUGGUUAUUUUACACUGUUGCAAUGCCCUUGUGAUGAGUAACAUAGCCUGACACCUAAAGACUUCAGUUAGCUCCCCAAACUAAUUCCUGGGCUUUAGCUCAGCGGGUUAUCACAUUGACAGUGUAAUACGACCAGCAAGAGACCAGGGUUCGGACCCAGAAUAUUAGUCUCAAAGUAACCCCAAAGUUGAUGUCUUUGACGUUUGACCAGUCUGCCCAGAGAGUACUCCUAUCUCAGGCCUACCUCAGCAGUUUGACACCAAAACCCAUGUUGUGUAUAAAUAGGACUAGGUGUUCAACAUCACAUGCAAAAUUAGCACAGGGCACUGAAUUGUUUCAGCCUUGGCUUUAUGGUAAAGAUUACAGUUCUGGUGAAGAUGCCAUUUUCAUUGUGGAUUCCAGACAUCCUAUAUGGCUCUUGAUGUGGAUUAUUUUCUCCAAUGUUCUUUGAUUGUUCUUUGGAAUGUUUAUCUUCCACACGUUGAAUGUAAGGGACCAUUUCAGAAUUUUUAACUAAAUAAUGUAAUUUCACAGGACACAUUUAUAACAAAAACGUGCACUUAGAUUUCUUCUCUCAAAUAAGCAGAAAUAUAGGGGAGACAACUCACUGUCAACAUUUCCAUAAUGGGGUUUAAGUGUUAGUGAUGCUUUCUGAUCCAAUAUUCUCCUGGUAGGUGCAGGGGAUUUAUAAUUCAUACAUAAAGAUGGCAUGAUUAUUGUUGCAGUAUUCAUCCAAAUUGCAACAGGCUUUGCCCUCAACUUGUUACGUCAGCGCAGCUCUACUCCCCUCUGUUGUUGCAGACCGGCAGAAAUCGCUCGAAGCUUUCUCUGUUCAGCUCGGAGAUCCAGCGCGUGUCCAGCCAUGCCAAAACGAAUACUUCCCCUGUCAACUCUGUGAAGGGUAGUGAUAGUGGCACAACGCCCCAAGGUGAACUAGGCUUAAGGUUACAACACAUUUGUUGUUUUUACUUUUUCCUAACCCUGAAAUAAAGUUAUUCCUUUUUGGUGCACUCGCGUUUUCUGCAGUGAAUUUUAGCGCAACCUUUCACCAUUGCUUCCCAAAGCAAAACUGACUUUUUAGCGCUUGUUUCUCGGACUCUCCAGAGGAAGCGUGUCGUUGCUGCUGUGGUUGGCAUCGUCAUGGUGUUAGCACUUAUCAUAGCGAUACCGCUGCUGGUCCAAGCGUCCAAGACAGACGCGCACUACGAGAUGAUGGGCACCUGUCGGAUGAUAUGUGAUCCAUACAACCCCAAACCCAGCGCCAAUGCUCUGGAAGUCAUGCGGGACCUGAGCGCCAUACCACCCCCGGCAUUCUCGCAUGGGACUAAAGGCGAGCCGGGUCGGCCGGGGAAACCCGGACCGAGAGGUCCGCCCGGCGAACCGGGUCCACCGGGUCCAAGAGGACCGCCGGGGGAUAGGGGGGACUCGGGGAAACCGGGCUAUCCCGGGCAUACCACGGGAGAGACGGUGGAGGGGACUGUGAGCAGUGCCAGGACCGAAAAUGGUGAGGACCUAGGCUCCGCAAUUGGCGGCACAAAAAUCGCUUUUUAUGUGGGUCUUAAAAACCCCCACGAGGGAUACGAGGUGCUAAGGUUCGACGACGUGGUGACAAAUCUAGGGAACCAUUACGACCCGUCUACCGGCAAGUUCACGUGCCAAGUGUCCGGGAUCUACUACUUUACAUACCAUGUAUUAAUGCGCGGAGGCGACGGGACAAGCAUGUGGGCAGAUUUGUGCAGAAACGGACAGGUAGGCUAUACCUGAUAUUAUGCAAUGAUAUUUUCAAAGUUAUUAUGCUACUGUACACUUCUGAAGUUGAGGGAGAGCGGCCACAUUCAGUGUGCAUUGCCGCAGAUCAAUCUUGGAGGUAUUACGCGCAGAAAGCGCUUAUCUCUCCAAAACGGCAUCUGCUCCAUGCGCUUAAUCUCACACAGUGAGCUCAGUAAGUGAAUUAAUAUGCUCGAGCCACUUUAUUUGUCAGCAAAAACAAACUAAUCGCUAGGUGGGUUUAAGAAGGUUUUUGUCGUUUACUGUAGCGGUCAGCCCUACCCUUGUAAGCCACCUGGAGCGUUUUGUUCGGUGUCAGCGUCUACACAUUGCCAACAUAAACAAACACGAAAUCCUUUAUUCGUUUGGUAGGUUCAAAGUGGUGAAUCUAUAAUGUUUUAGCAUUGGGUCAGGGUGGGCACGAGUUCGUCAAUAGCCUGUUAAGUAAUGAUACAAAGUCCUUCACUACUUUAAUAAUUUGUCUUAUCCGCAGGUCCGCGCCAGUGCGAUAGCCCAGGACGCAGACCAGAACUAUGACUACGCCAGCAACAGUGUGGUGCUUCAUUUAGACUCCGGGGACGAGAUCUACAUCAAGCUGGACGGAGGCAAGGCCCAUGGGGGAAACAACAACAAGUACAGCACGUUUUCCGGUUUCAUUUUGUAUCCGGACUAAACCGCUUCCCAGACAUGCAGGGAUGUGAACUCUACUAUCAUUAUUAGACUCUAUCAUACCUAGAGCAAGUUGCGCAUUGUUCGGGCGCCACUGUAAGCGGCUGUGCGUCAUCUGUUUGUAUUUGGGGGGUUUGGGGCGCAAAGACAUGCCAACCGCCCAUAUACAGAGGACAUUUCCGUGUGAUGUGAUAUUUUUUGCUUGAACGUCUGUCUCUGUUUCCACUCAAGAUAUAGCCUACUAAGAUAUCUAUGUAUCAAAAAUAAGUCAGAUGUCAUAUGUAUUGUUCCACAAAGGACCGAAAGUUACUAAAUGUUUUAUGUCUUAGUAGCUUAUUCCAGUACAGUAAGU